AUGCUCACUGCAGUCAGGCGAAACUACAGGUCCGUCUCAUUCCAUGUCCAAACACUACGCAAUAUCUUCACGCUCUACACCGUCCUGCGGAUCACCCUCAUGCUAGCAACGCGGCUGCGUAUGUAUGGCCUCCGCGGCACCGCAUUACGCACAUACACCUAUAUCCGGCGUAUCUUGUUCUCUACAUUCAUCAAGCUACCGGGUAUCAAGCAAAAAGUACAAAAACAAGUCUCAGAUGCCUUGGCGCAACUCGAUGAAAAGAUGCUGCCGCCUGCUGGAACGGUUCGCUAUCAAAAUUUACCGGCAAAAGGUCUCUCGAAAGAAGCUGUACGCGCUGAAUUACAAAAGCUGCACAAGAUGGGCGAUGAGGUUGAUUGGGAAGGUGGCAAAGUCUCUGGAGCCAUUUAUCACGGUGGCAAGGAAUUGAGUGAAUUGCUGACGGAAGCAUAUGCCUUGUUCUCCUUGGCAAAUCCACUGCAUCCAGAUAUCUUCCCUGGUGUACGCAAGAUGGAGGCUGAAGUGGUACAAAUGGCCCUCAACCUAUUCCAUGCGCCCGAGGGAGCUGGUGGCACCACAACCUCUGGCGGUACGGAGAGUAUCCUGAUGGCCUGUAAAGCAGCGCGCGAAUAUGGUCGCAUGAAGAAGGGCAUCAAGAAGCCAGAAAUGGUUGUGCCGGUGACGAUUCAUGCUGCCUUUGACAAAGCUGCCGAGUACUUUGGUAUUCAGAUUCAUCACAUUGACGUCGAUCCCGUCACCUACCAAAUCGACUUGAGGAAAGUGGAACGCUACAUCAACAGCAACACCAUCUUGAUUGCUGGUUCUGCACCCAAUUUCCCGCAUGGCAUCAUUGACGAUAUAACGGGCCUCUCGGCACUGGCAGUCAAGUACAACGUGCCACUUCACGUGGAUGCCUGUCUCGGUUCCGUCUUGGUACCAUUCCUCGAGCGUGCUGGAUUCUAUGCACCGUUGUUUGAUUUCAGAUUGCCUGGUGUCACCUCCAUCAGUGCAGAUUUCCACAAGUACUUCAUGUCAAGCAAAGGAACCUCUGCCAUCAUGUACAAGAGUCGCAGUAUGAGGAGACAUCAAUACUUCAUUCAACCUAAUUGGCCAGGUGGCGUCUAUGCCUCACCUACCAUUGCAGGCUCUCGACCUGGUGCACUCAUUGCUGCUUGUUGGACAGCGAUGGUCUCCAUGGGCGAUGAUGGUUACCUGCAAAGUUGUCGAGAAAUUGUCGGUGCUCGCGCAAAAAUCCAAUCUCGUAUCGAGAGUGAGAUUCCGGAACUCAAGAUUUUGGGGAGACCAGCGGUGUCGGUGGUGAGUUUCACGUCGGAUGUCAUUAACAUCUACUCGGUCGGUGAUAAGAUGUCAAAGGCUGGUUGGCAUUUGAAUGGUUUGCAAUUGCCACCAGCGCUGCAUAUUGCAUGUACGCGCUUAUCGACCAAUACGAUGGUCGAUACGCUGAUUGCAGAUUUGAAGACGGCUGUAGCAGAGGUCGUUGCAGAAGGUGGUGGUGGUGAUGCCGGAACCAUGGCAAUGCUCUAUGGUGCUGGCUCAUUACCAGACAAGAGUAUCGUAUCGAGCUUGGCGGAGGGCUUUUUGGACACUCUAUACAAGGCUUAG